AUGCAAGUGAUUGGAGUAAGAAUGAAUACUUGGAACGCCUAAUUACAUUUGAUUCUCUCUAUAUAUUAGCGAAUGUAUAGGAAACUGCCUCGUAAAUUAUAAGAAUAAACUCUCUUUAGUAUGAGUUUCGAAGCCAUCUUAACGAAUUCGGCAGAUGAAUUUCAAAGCAUCAACAAAGAUAUCUUUAUGCAUCUUGAAAGUAAGGAGAGUGACUUUUAUAAUUUAUUGAUCUCUGCUUUUUUGAAAUACUAUCCAGAAAUACAUUAUUCAUAAAUGUUAAAUGUUUUAACAUAUGUCUUUAAAGGUAUUUCCAUUGAAGAAAUUGUCUUAAUUUGCAAUUGUGAGAAAUAACAUUUCUUGAUUAUUUAUGAAUUUUUCAAAGUCUUUUUGAUGGAGAAACAACAGAUUUAUUGUAUAUUUAGUUUGGUUUUCAAAAACGUCUUGAGUGGUUAUUUUCCCCACAAUAAGACGUUAUUCUAAUCUUUCAUAAUGGUAAUUGAACAUUCACUGAAUUCGAUAAGGAAAUUGGAAGAAUUGAUAUAUCAAUAUUCUAAAGGGAAGAGAUAUUUCAAGUUGAAGGAAGUGCUGAUUAAUAUUGAGAGUUUUUUAUUAUAUUGCACUCCCUAUCAUAAAUUUGAGUUGUGUCAUCUAUGGCAGACUCUGGAGUAGAAUGGCUACGAUUUGGUGAUGGAAUACAAUAAGGCAGUCGAUAAUUUCUAGGCCUUUUACAAACCUACAAACGAAGGGUUGUUUUAUAUAAUCCUACAGAUCAGCAGGUUUCUGAGGGAGUAUAGUAUUUUUGAGAACGAUCAUACACCACCUUACAAACACCCAUAGUUAAGGGGACAAUCAAUUGAUUUUGAUGAGAUAGGAUUGUAUAAUGAAUUGAAGGAGUUAAAGAUGAUAGCUAAGAAAAAGAAGAAGAUAAUGAACGAAGAAUACUUUGCUUCUUAGAUCACUAAUAUUGACACUCUGAAUAUGGAUAUUAAGGCGAAUCGAGAUUAUUUUAUCAAUUAUUAUAUGAGUCAAUUUGAUUAAGGGUUAGUGUAAGAAUAUAUCAAUACUAAAUAAGAAAAUGUGUUAGAUAAAAUAAUAAGGAAUACAAGAAAUCAACAAUUCUAUUAUUAUAAAAGAUGGGUUUGGGUGUAAUUUCCUUGGCUCUCAUUAACUCAGAAGAACAAUUACUCAAAAUUAAUGGAGUAGUACAGCAUCAAUAACAUGCCUCUCCAGGAUGAGUUGUAACUCAACCAGAAGGCAAUCAAAUUGGCUUAAAUUGCCAAACAGACAUAGCAAAUGAAGGAGCAUAAUACAUCGAAAUUACCAUCGAUAAACUCGAGUAUCAGAUUAAGAAGGUAUAGUCCAUUGGAGAUAUCGAGAAUCACUAACAUUCCAAAGACUAGGGCAGACUCUGAACAUACCAAAUCGACUGAGAGGAGUGUAAAGAAAUGCACAUUGCCCAGCAUAUAGAAGAUGUAAUAUCAAAAGAAGUUAGAUUAAAUUGUUUACUAAAAUUAGGUUUUGAAGAAUCGAUUGAAGGAGUACAAAACAAUUCGAUAGAAUCUGUAUCCAGAUGAGUUGAGUGCUGAGACUCAGAAGGCUCUUGAAACUACUAAGAAAUAAUCCGAAGAGUUGAAGAAACAACAGGAGAACUUAUAGGUAAUCCAACAAGAAAUGAAGAGAAUCAAUAUCAUUUGGAAGUUAUGUCAAUAAAAUCAGGAUUGCAACGAUAGGGCUUAGUAAUUGGUAUAGCAUUCUAAGAAUUUGGAUCGAUUGAUUUAAGAGUAAGUGAUUUGGGUCAAAGAUUGCAAUGAGAAAUUAGGAGAGAUUAAGUUAAAACAGAAGAUCGAGUUGAAGAAACAAUAAGUGGAGAAGAAAUAACAAUAAUAAUAAUAGUAAUAGUAAUCAUAAAGAAGAUUUACCUUCAUCUAAAACAUGCCAACAUCUGCAGGGAUAUUAUCUAACAUUGAUACUUCUUAUAUUUAAGAUACCAACAAAAAACAAUUAUAAAUUAGCAGUAGUCUCAUCAAUGAGACCAGCGAUACCAGAAUUAAGUUUGUAAGGUUGAAGACUGGAAAGGUGGAAGAUCCAUUAGAUUCUCACACUUAGGAACUUGUUUCAUAAUUACUUGAUUUAGGCAUUGAAAAUCUCAAUAAAAACAAAUCUAAAGUGAUAGAGUUUUGUGAUAUGAUCACUAAAAAUGAUGAAUUGCAACUAGAAAUAUAGAACAGAGAAUAACGGUUGAUGCAAUUGAGAAAUAGCAAAUAAGAACUAAUGAUCUUUGUCAAGAUAUUGCAAACACAAAAGAAACCCAAAACAACAACCAGUAGUGACCAGUACUAUUCUAGCUAUCAAUAGGAUGAUGUGAUCAGAUAAAAUGAUUACAAAAUUCAGAACUUAAAACAAUUACAACAACACUUGGCUGUCAUCAAAUUCUAUAAUAACAAUCUACAUCAAUUAUUUCAAUCUAUACAAAAGACGGAUCACAAUAUUUCAUAAAUUACUCAACUUUUGCAGAAGAUGAUAUGA